AUGUCGGAUACAGGUUCGUCCCCACGCAAAAGUCUGUCAGAACGCCGAACCAGCUUCAGCUCCAUCCGAUCGCGGCUACGCAAACCCAGUCUCAAGAGUGAACAGAGAAGGUCCCUGGGCGAGGACGAUGAUGCCAGCGCCCUCGACGUUCCGGCCGAUCACGGAGAAGCGCGCUCCAAGCGCUUCUCAUCCGCAUCAGAUCGCUCCAUUCCACCGGUACCGCCUCUUCCUCCACGCUCACCCAACGCUGGUCUCGGACCUGGGAGUCCUUCUCAUCUUCAAGCCAGCCCAUCGCGGGCAAGCUUCAAAGCUGCCAUGCCUGACUCACCAACCCCCAACAAGCGCGCCUCCAUGAUCAGUAACGCUUCUUCCUCCAGGAAAGAACAGCCCGCUCAAGGCGACGUCUCCGCGCUUGCCCAGACUACGCUCGGUAUGACACUCGGCGCACAUGAAUCCGAAGAAGCUCGUCCCGACAUCGAUCCUAGGGGCUACGACGCGCAAGCCGCUUUCAAAGAGACAAUUCCCUUGACCAUGCUCUUCUUUGCCGGAACGCUCGUAGCAGCACUCGUGCUGGCAAGAUACAGCAUCGUGGCGGCUGCUCUGAUAUCUGGCUGCAGCGGUCACAUUCUCUACAAGAAGCUCAACGAGAGAGGAGACGAUGCCAAGUGGGCGCUCGAGAUGGAAGCGUCAGCGAGACGCCUUGCCAUGCCUGGUGCAGGCGAAGAGUCGGUCGAAUGGCUCAACAAGGCGCUUGCCACCGCAUGGCCUCUCAUCAAUGCCGACUACUUUGCUCCCUUCAUCGACCUCCUCGAGGACAGUCUAAUGACACAGGUGCCUGGUAUUGUCCACAGCGUCCGCGUCGAUGAUAUGGACCAGGGCUCCAUUCCCUUGCGCGUCAAAAGCUUCCGCGUCCUGCCCUCGGACGACCGCGCCUUUCUCAAAGGUGCCGUAGCUCAAGCGCACAAAGAUGCUGGCAAGUCAGCGGCCGAUGCCCCGCCGAUGCAUCAGACGGAAAGCGACGAUGACCAAGAAAAUGUGGACGUGGGCGACUUUGUCAACCUCGAAGUCACCUUCGCCUACCGAGGAGCGGCUCCCAAGAAAGGCAUGUUCCGAUCCACCACCAACACAAACUCUGGACCGCUCAACACAUCAGGUCCCGUUGCAGCUGACGCCAACGAUGGCGACGAAGACGACGCUGAGCUCCAGGAUCUGCCGACAGAAAGAAUCCAUUUGCUUCUCAACCUCAGCGUGGGUCUUCAGAAGCUUGCCGCUGUGUCCAUCCCUGUGUGGAUCGAGAUGGUUGGCAUCGAAGGCAAAGCGCGUGUCCGUCUGCAGAUGACGCCGGUAGCUCCAUUUGUUAAGUCCGCAGCUCUGACGUUCGUCGGAGCACCCACACUCGAGAUGUCCGCCAAGCCUCUGGGCAAGAAGAUGGUCAUCGACGCCAUGAAUCUGCCCUUCAUGUCUACAUACGUGCUUCACGCAGUCGAGGACGUCAUCAAAGGCUUCAUCGCGCCGCUGUCCUACACCAUCGACGUCGCUGGCCUCCUAGGAGCAGGCGAUGGCCCGCAGGACGUCUAUGCGCUCGGUGUCAUUUGCUUCGUGCUUCACCAGGCAGACGACCUCGCUGCAGCGGACUCCAAUGGUCAGAGCGAUCCCUUCGUGCAGGCUUCGUUCGCCCGAGCAGGCAAGCCGCUCUUCACGUCUCGCAUCGUUCGAAAGAAGCGCGACGCCGUUUGGCAAGAGACCGGGUUUCUGCUUGUCUCACCGGAUGAGGUGCGCGACCACGAUCGUCUGCGGUUCACGGUGUUCGACGCCGACCGCUUCUCGGCGGACGACCCGCUUGGCAAGGUCGAGAUCUCACUGCAUCGCCUCAUCCACAAAUUCCGUCCAGGCGGCGAAGCCCGCAGCACCAAUCUGCUCGAAACGCGGACAGACAAGCUGCUGCCGAUGAGAAAGGGCAAUGCAGUGCAAGGAACGCUCAAGUACAGCGUUGGCUUCUUUGGUCUCGCCCAUGCUCCCGGCACCGGUCAUGCUCCUUCCCGACGCAAACUACUUCAAGGCACAUCAACCACAGUCAAGAACGAGAGCGACGACAUCGACCUAGUCUCUCCGAUCGACGGCAAGCGCAAAGCAGACGACAAAGACGACAGCGCUGGCUUGUUGCCCGCGUCUGGCAAGCUGGAGGACGAACCGACCGAGUCUGCUGCCGACUCGGAUCUCAGUGCCUAUAUGACCGGCUUCGACAAAUUCGUUCAUGGCCUCGGCCUGCCAAUGGACGACGAUGUCCUCCGCCAGAGGAAGCAGCGCAAAGCUCGUGUUCAGAAGCUGGCCACCAUGAUUGAAGGUGCAAAACAGGCCACGGCUCAUCCACCUUUGGCUGAGCUGCCGUCAGGUAUUCUCGCGUUCCACAUUCAUUCAAUCACGGGUCUCGAGGUGCCUUCUACACAACGAUCGCUGGGUACCUCCAAGAGGCUGUCUGCAAAGCCAAGGCAUGGGCUUGCGCCAACCGACGAGAAGCAGGCCGAAGGUGGCGCUGGCGGCAAGCUGCCGUCGUCGUACGUGCAGGUGUUCCUGAACGACGAGGCCAUCUUCCGCACUCGAACCAAGACAUUGAACCCGCGGCCUUACAUCAAUGCAGGCAGCGAGCGCUUCAUCGGCGACUGGACGACCGCAAGGUUGGACUUUGCAGUGCGCGAUGCUCGUAUGCGCGAAGGCGAUGCGAUCCUGGGUUGCGUCGGUCUGCAAUUGGCAGAUGUCCUGACGAAGAGCAGCCGCUCGACUGGCUGGUACACGCUCACUGGUGGUCUCGGCUACGGCAAGAUUCGCAUCACGUUGCUGUUCCGUAGCGUCGAGCUUUCGGUGCCACGUCCGCUGCGUGGCUGGAACGUGGGUAUCGUCGAGAUUGCCAAGGUCAAGGUCACGGGUGUGCCGCAGUCUUUGCUCGACAAGAAAGCAUGCCACCUUUCGGUGGAGACAGUCGGCGGCAAGACAAGCACGGACGACACCCUGCCUGUUGAUGACUACGAGUCCGGUGCGGGCGACGCAGCUACCGUUAGCUAUGACUGGCCGCUCAAAGAGCCCAUCCGCUUGCCUGUCCGACAGAGGUAUCCCAACUCGCUGUACCUGAGUCUGCGGACCGACUCACGCUUGCCGGGACGCUCGCAUCACCAUGCGUGGGCGUUCGUGCCACUCAAUCGAGUUGCCGACGAGAUGCGCAUCCAACGUCGGAUUCGCUUGUUCGAGACGUCGGACUGGGACGAGGUGGAGCAGGACGUGUUGCGCGCCACGAGCGAUCCGAAGCUGCUGCAGACGCAAGACGAUUCCGUCAAGUCCAAGCUGCUGCCCGUACUGGAAGAUGUCUGCCACACGGGAUCUGCCACGAUCUCCGACGAGGCGCUCCGAGCUGCCAAUCUCAAAGCUGUGGGCUGGAUCGAGAUCGACAUGAUCUUCCACCGAGGCAUUGCCCCAGAGCACCGAUCCUGCACCGCUGGCGAUUCCGAAAUGCGUUUCGCAUUCGAGUCGUACAUGACGCUGCUUGACGCAGGCGAACGAGCGCGACCUCGCACGCUAGCCUCCGAACGACGAUCCCCCAGCAAAGCCGCCUCCACCCACCGCAGAACCGCAUCCAACACCUCCGACCUCGGCCUCUCCACCUCGCAAUCCGCCCAAUUCGGAGAAGACGUCGGCGACGACGACGACUCGCUCUACGCACAAUCGCUCACCGAAUCGCAGCUCGACGAAUUGGCCUCCGACGCCGACUCGGACAGCCCAGAAGGCCGCCGUGCCCAAGCCCGGGCUCUGCACAGAAACCAGCGCGGCGCCGCCCAGAUCAAAGGCUUCCGCACGUUGACAUGGAUGAAGACCAACGCCGAGGAUAGCAUGGCCAAGAUGAAACGCCAGUUCGAGAGUAAGAAGUCCAAGCGGAUCGGCAAGAUGGAGGCUGAGGGGAUUUCACAUUUCUGA